UAGCACACGGACAGCGGGGAGGACAAGGAGUGUACUCGAGUAGAAAAUAGAGGCCAGACAGCAGGCUAUCACGGCCACAUAUCCUCUGAAGUCCAAGCUGUGUGUUUUUAAAUUCCCUUCAUUGCCUAAGGGAUGUUGUGGAGUGAAAGCAGACAUUUUGAGGAUGAUUGGAUAUAAGUGUGUCCCACAAACUGAAAUGAGGGCCCUGAUUCUGUUCUGUCUUCUGAUGAGUAAUACCAGUUCGAGCCUCGCACAAUUCAACGGAUACAACUGCGACGCCAACUUCCACAGCCGAUUCCCUGCGGAGCGGGAUGUCAGCGUGUACUGCGGCGUUCAGACCAUCACGCUGAAGAUCAACUUCUGCCCCGUGCUGUACUCGGGCUACACCGAGGCCGACCUCGCUCUCAACGGUCGCCACGGCGACGCCCAGUGCCGGGGGUUCGUCAACAACAACACCUUCCCCACGGCGGUGCUGUUCAGCAUCAGCCUCAACACCCUGGAGGCCUGUGACAACAGUCUGGUCGUCACCACAGCCUAUGGAUCUAACGCCUAUGGCAACACUUCCCUCGUUCAAAUCGGAAAUAUCUCGGGAUAUCUCGACACCCCUGAACCAGCAACGGUAAUCAGCUACCUGCCUGGCCUGCUGUACAAGUUCAGCUGCAGCUACCCCCUGGAGUACCUGGUCAACAACUCUCAGGUGGCGUCUUCAUCUGCGGCCAUUUCAGUCAAGGACAAUAAUGGUACAUUUGUGAGCACAAUGAGUAUGAUGUUGUACAACGACUCAACGUAUAACCAACCUCUGUCCAUCCCCACGGCUGGCCUGGCUCUGAAAACUAGAGUAUUCGCUGCGGUUAAAGCCACAAACCUGGACAAACGAUGGAACAUCUUGAUGGACUACUGUUACACCACCCCCUCAGGGAACCCAAACGACGAGCUACGCUAUGACCUAUUCUUCGGGUGCAACAAGGACCCCCAGACUACGGUGUUCGAGAACGGGCGGAGUCAGUCGGGACGCUUCGCCUUCGAGGUGUUCCGCUUCGUGAAGCACCGGCACCAGAAGAUGUCCACCGUGUUCCUGCACUGCGUGACCAAGCUGUGCCGCGCCGACGACUGCAUCCUGCUGAUGCCCAUCUGUGGUCGGCGAAGACGACGAGAGGAGGAAGGAAGCCAAGAAUCCAGCCUCGCCUCGUCUGAUAAGGCGGUCCUCUCAGCGGGGCCUAUCAUCACCAGGAGUGAUGAAACUCCAGCCACUAAUUCACAACUUGCAGGAUCAAACGACUCUUCGCUGCCAAUCAACCCAGCGACCAGCGCCCUCAUAUCGGGCGUGGUCAUCCUGGGCGGGACCAGCCUCGCCUUUGUCCUGGUUGCGCUCCGCCUCCUUCGGAGGUCCCGCCACCCAACGAUGACAUCAUCAGGGGUUUGGAACCCAACCUUCAAAUGAAUUGAUCAUAGGAGUACACUGUACACUGUACACUGUAUGUAAGCAUGUGUGUCACCAUUAUAUCCAUAUGUGUGUGUACUCUUUGAAUGUAAAACUAGGAUAGUCGGUGCUAGAAUGUUAUAUACUAUAUAUACUCAUAUACUAUAUAAACUGUAUACUUGUUCUUGCCUGCAUAUUUCUUUGCUAUUCAUUGGUAUUAUCAAACAUAAGUACUGUAACAUUUUUCUUUAUAUUUUAUGUUAAUGUGAAUUAUUAAAAUUGUAUCAAGAAUACUAAACAAGAAGUAGAAGCAAAAAAAUGGCAGAUUAAAAAAAAUCCAAAUGGGAGAUAUAUAUACAAAAGUUUGCAUUGGGCCAUAUUAUAAAUAUGUAUUAUUUCAUCAAAUAAAAUG